CAACACAACACAUCCCUCACCAACCCACGCGACGUCACAACAACCCUAAACCAGCCACCACGAUGUUUAAGAAAGACAUCUCACCAGGCUCCAAGCCGAAGGUCAAGUCGUCUAUUUAGCGCGCGCUUAGGACGCAACUAUGCACAACCUACCCACUUCUACGCCGUAUAUCGAUGAGGUGGUGCCGAAGAAGGAGCAGUUGGAUGCUAUGAAGAUCCUAGAGAGAGUAACCCUCUACCUCAUUAACGGCGAACCCGUCUUCUUCCAACACAUGAGCGACCCGCUCCUCCCUAACCUCAAGCUCGUGCACCGCUUUCCCCAAGCCUCCCCGCGCAUACGUAUCGACCGCGGCGCAAUCCGCUGCGUGCUGUCCAGCGUAACACUGAUGGCUCCGGGGAUCACAAGCUGCCAGGAGAUGAUGGAGAAGAGUGGGGUGCGGCAGGAGAGCAUCUAGAGAAGGGUGCGCCGGCAGGAGAGCAUCUAGAGAAGGGUGUGCCGG